AAUCAUAAAAGGAAGCAUCACAUCAACUGGCUAGCCGAGGACACUAUCGAUAACGGUGCGAAGCGAUUGUUGGACCUAGGCACACAGGCUGGUAAGAGAGGCCAGACAGCUCGGAAGUACGGCUGUUAUGCUAUAUAUGUGGGCAACGACAGCGGUGGCGGCUUUGGUUCCUGGGCUUAUUACGACUCUAGAGCUGAACUUGAGGAUGCUCCUGCUGAUGCUAUGUUCUACGAGUCGGACGCCGGUGCUUUAUCGGAUGAUGGACGGGUGGUCAUGUGUCAUUAUCCAACGCAGACCACGAGUGAUCUCUAUCUGGACGAGCUCUUGUCUGAGGUAGAAGAACGAGGAGUUGGUCUUAAGAUCGAUAUCAAGCUGGAGGAGUUGGUCGGACCUGUUGGGGACCUCUUGUCAAGGGACGAAGUGGACGUACCAGUGUGGUGGAAUGCUGAUGUAUUCGGUGAUAGAAAGCUGCCACUUAGAGCACUGGCUGAGGUUGCUGAUGAGAAUACUGUGUUGAGUCUGGGGUACAUCGGAGUGCGCUUUGGAGAGAUCGAGAGGAAAGACAUAAUCACACAAUUGACAGAAUCGGGCCUUGUUUCUGCCUCUUCUGGGGAGGUUACUUGUCGACAUAUCACAUUCGCAUUCUCAGCGCGCUUGGCUCUAACGUGCAUCCCUGAGCUUGUGAAGUUACUUGACGCUUUACCGACUACUUCUUUGACUCUGUGGACGGGGGCGAAUGACAUGACGGGCUUGAGCAAAGCUGAGGAAAUGCAGUUGCGACAGGGCUUGCCUAUGGAACGAGUUUUUCUUGAUAUCAAGCGCCAGACUUGGCUAGG